AUGGCGCCGAAAUCGAGACCGCCCGAGAAGCAGCAGCAAUCAUUGACGAGCUUCUUCAAGCCCAAGACCGUCAAUGGACUCGCCGCCGCAUUCCAGAAGUCGCAGGCCGAGGCCAAGAACAGUCCGCCCAAGUCGCCGGAGAGCUCGCGCAAGAGGCCGCUAGAGGAGGACGCGGAAAAGGGGAACAAUGGAUCAGAAAAUGCCAACAAGCGGUCAAGAAGCACUAAUUCAGGGAAGAAGGAUGUCACGGAUGAGGGAAAGAGCUCGUUCUUCUCCAGCGCUGGCAAGGAAGCCGAUCACGAGCCCAGGACGAAGGCAUCUGCGUCUGGAAGUAGGACAGGACGAUUCGUCUACAGCCAGGGCUCAGACGAGAAUGAUGAAGAAGACGAUGACGACCCGCAUACAAAGAAGCACAAGGAGGAUCUCCACAAGAAGUUCGUGAGGAAAUUGGGACAUCCGGACAGCAUGCUACGCCGGCGCCACCGGGAAGAAGAACAAGACGCUGGCGAGGGAGAAGAAGGCGAAGACGAGGAUGAGGACGAAGCACCCCCGCCACCAAAAGCGAAGAAGGGCGGCGCCCGAGCGAGCAAGAAGCUCACGCCAAUGGAGAUACAAUUCCUCGACAUCAAGCGCAAGCACCUCGACACCGUCCUCAUCGUCGAGGUCGGUUACAAGUUCAGAUUCUUCGGCGAGGACGCACGCAUCGCGGCCAAGGAGCUCAGCAUCGUCUGCAUCCCGGGCAAGUACCGCUAUGACGAGCACCCCUCGGAGGCGCACUGGGACCGUUUUGCUUCCGCAAGCAUUCCGGUCCAUCGACUACCGGUCCACGCCAGGCGACUGGUUGCUGCGGGACACAAGGUCGGAGUCGUACGGCAGAUCGAGACUGCAGCUCUGAAGAAGGCCGGCGACAACCGCAACGCGCCGUUCGUCCGCAAGUUGACCAACGUUUACACCAAGGGUACAUACAUUGACGAGAACGGAGAGCUGGAGACCUCUGGCGACGGAGGUGCUCCUUCAGGGGGCUACCUCUUGUGCAUCACCGAAUUGCCUACCAAGGGGCAAGGGACGGAUGAGAAGGUGGAGGUCGGCAUAGUAGCCGUGCAACCAACGACGGGAGACAUCAUCUACGACACAUUCGAGGACGGCUUCAUGCGGAGCGAGAUCGAGACUCGAUUGCUGCACAUCUCACCCUGCGAGUUCGUCAUCGUGGGCGACCUCACGAAGGGCUCCGAUAAGCUCAUCCAGCAUCUUUCGGGAAGCAGCACAAACGUCUUCGGCGAUCGAAGCCGCGUUGAGCGCGUCCCUCGUUCCAAGACCAUGGCCGCCGAAGCGUACUCGCACGUCACGCAAUUCUACGCCGACAAGCUGCAAGCUACCCCUGACGCGGCCGCCUCUGCUCUUCUGGAAAAGAUCCUGCACCUCCCCGAGCCGGUUACGAUCUGCCUCAGUGCCAUGAUCACGCACCUCCAGGAGUACGGCCUCGAGCACGUCUUCGACCUCACCAAGAACUUCACCAGCUUCUCGGCCCGCCAGCACAUGCUCCUGAACGGAACAACCCUCGAAUCACUCGAGGUCUACCGCAACGCCACUGACCACUCCGAGCGCGGUUCCCUCUUCUGGGCCCUCGACAAGACGACUACCCGCUUCGGCCAACGCCUGCUCCGUAAAUGGGUCGGUCGUCCCCUCCUCGACGUCUCCCGCCUCGAGGCCCGCGUUGCCGCUGUCCAGGAGCUCCUGGACGAACAAUCCUCGACAAAGGUAGACCGCCUCGAGACCCUCCUGUCCGGCAUCAAGACGGACCUCGAGCGCAGCCUCAUCCGCAUCUACUACGGAAAGUGCACCCGCCCAGAACUCCUCUCCGUCCUCCAGACCCUGCAGCGCAUCGCGAUGCAAUACUCGACCGUCAAAUCCGCCGAGGAAACAGGCUUCACCUCCCCCCUCAUCUCCUCCGCCGUCCUCUCCCUCCCCCAGAUCCUCGAUCUCGUCGUCUCCCACCUCGAAAAGAUCAACCCCGAAGCGGCCCGCAAGGACGAUAAGUACAACUUCUUCCGCGAGUCCGAGCAAACCGAGGACAUUGAGGACCACAAAAUGGGCAUCGUCUCCGUCGAGCAAUCUCUCGACGAGCACCGCGCCGAGGCCGCCGCAUCCCUCAAGCGCAAGAAACCAGUCGACUACGUCACCGUCUCCGGCAUCGAGUACCUCAUCGAGGUCCUCAACACCGACCUCAAGUCCGUCCCGGCCUCCUGGAUCAAGAUCUCCGGCACCAAGAAGCUCUCCCGCUUCCACACCCCCACCGCCGUCCGCCUCAUCCAGGAGCGCGACCAGCACCGCGAGGCCCUCGCCGCCGCCUGCGACGCCGCCUUCACCUCCCUCCUCCGCGACAUCGCAGACGCCUACCAGCCCCUCCGCGACGCCGUCUCCUCCCUCGCCACCCUCGACUGCCUCCUCUCCCUCUCCCGCGUCGCCUCCCUCCCGGGCUACACCAAACCCGCCUUCCUCGCCGCCCCCGCCCAGCCCACGAUCCAAAUCGCCCAGGGCCGCCACCCGAUCGCAGAACACACCCUCUCGGACCCCUACAUCCCCUUCACCACCUCCCUCUCCUCGCCCUCCCCGCUCGCCCACCUCAUCACCGGCCCCAACAUGGGCGGCAAGUCGUCCUACGUCCGCGCCGUCGCCCUGCUCGUCCUCCUCGCCCAGAUCGGCUCCUUCGUCCCCGCCGACGCCUUCACCCUCACCCUCGCCGACGCCAUCCACGUCCGCAUGGGCGCCCGCGACAACCUCGCCGCCGGCGAGUCCACCUUCAUGGUCGAGGUCUCCGAGACGGCCCGCAUCCUCCGCUCCGCCACCCCGCGCUCCCUCGUCAUCCUCGACGAGCUCGGCAGGGGCACCUCCACCCACGAUGGCGCCGCCAUCGCCCACGCCGUCCUCGACCACGUCGUCCGCGAGAACAAGUGCCUGACCCUCUUCAUCACGCACUACCAGAACCUGGCCCGCCUCGCCGACGGCAUCGGGAACGGCCUCGUCAAGAACGUCCACAUGCGCUUCACAGCCACACGGAGGGCCGGGGAAGACGGGAAGGAAGACGUCGACGAUGGGGAGGACGAGGCCGGUGUCGACGAGGAGAUUACGUUCCUGUACGAAGUCGGCGAGGGCGUUGCGCACCGCUCGUACGGAUUGAACGUCGCUCGUCUCGCUCGCAUUCCUCGGAGGGUCAUCGAGGUCGCUGCGCAAAAGUCGCGUGAGAUGGAGCAGGAUGUACGGAUACGGAGGUUGAGGGGCACUGCACGUCUUCUCUCGGAUGUAUUGGAAAGCAAUCCAGAUCAGCUUGACCACUUGGUUUCGAACAUAGAGCAGCUGUAG